CACCAAAUGCCCAACUCCAUCAGCGCCCAGUCAAGCACGAAAAAAAUACUCCGCAUGAAAUCGCAUAUUCUGCCUUCUUUUUUUUGCCCCUCUCUCGACAUCUCUUCUCUCGUGCCACUCGCGGCUGAGAUUUGGAAAUCCCUUCAUUCUUUCCCUCUUCCCAAAUAUCUGCUUGGCCGGAUAUCUCUCCACUCCAAAAAUCUCCACUCUACACGUCUUUGCUGAGUCUGCGAAUUGGGCGCAGAGCCUCGGCCACGUUCCUGGAGAUCCGACAUCGUUUCGAGACCCCGCACAAACUUUUCCACGCCGACGAACUGU